GUGCAGCAUUGCAUCAACGCCGACAAGUUGAAGAGGGGCCAGGGCCAGGGGCGGCCUCGAAAAGCUCGCGGAUGAGGACGCAGGUUCAAUCAGCAUAGGUGCUGGAGAAGAGCCAUGUACACAUCAUUGAGCUCUUCCGAACGCAAGAAGUGCGCAAGUUGCAACUUGAAACCUUUGGCCCCCCAGAUUGUAGAAUGAUCCAAAUUUUUCCUUGAAACUUCUCAAAGGUCAACGAAUGCUAGAAAGACACAGAUGCUGUUGCCAUCAGGCAAGCACCUGGCAGAACAAGCCGGACGGAUAGCCUGCCUUCGGGGCGGCUGCAACCGCCACACUGUUGAUUGCUGAGGCGCCGUGUGCUAAGUUCGUAAGAGAAGGACCUCGAUUGAGUAAUCUGAUUGGCAGAGGCAUCUACCGGACGGUCAGCCAUGGCAAUCGGUGCCUGCAGCUGUGUAUGCGCUCCAUCGUUUGGUUGCCUUGUUGCACCACGCCCACUCAUUAGCCCCCCAAAGCCGACAUUUGAUGCCAACCUAGCUAAACUUUCCAGGCGACCUUUUCGUCCUAGCUGCAGCAGCUUUGGCCCCCAACCCUCUCUGUUCCUGGGAAGACAGCUGAGGGCGGAGCUGGCACAUGACAUGCAAAGCUUGUCCUGGUCUGGACGACUCAGCAAAUUUCCAGCCUGCCAUCGGCCAGUGCGAGGAGUGGCCCAAGCCGCGGAGCUAUCGGCGCUGGGUGGUCGGACUCAUGAUGGAGCUUUGGAACAAGGGGGCUAUCAAUCUCCGAGCAGGGAGGAUCUGCAAAGGCUGGCCCAGUUGCCAUUGCAGAACUUGGUUUCUGCCGCUGCCAGGGUCAGGAACCAACGGGAAGACUCGCAAGUCGUCACCUUUUCUCCAAAGGUGUUCAUCCCGCUGACUAGGCUCUGCCGUGAUGCCUGCGGGUACUGUACGUUUGCCAUGGGCCCAAAGGCGGGCGAGCGUGCGUACAUGACCCUGGACGAGGUACUGGCGGUUGCACAGGCAGGAAAGGAGGCCGGGUGCACCGAGGCCCUGUUCACACUGGGGGACAAGCCGGAGCUGCUUUACACCGAGGCGAAAGACGAGCUCGCCAGCCUCGGCUUCGACUCCACCCUAGCUUACGUCCAAGCUGCAGCCGCACUGGUCCUCCGUGAGACGGGUCUUCUCCCUCAUAUCAAUGCUGGCGUCAUGGGGAGGCGCCACGUGGCAGCCCUCAAGAAGGUGUCCGCCAGCCAAGGCCUGAUGCUGGAAUCGCUUUCAGAGCGGCUCUUUGAGCCGGGAGGGCCGCACUUUGGCUGCCCCGAUAAGCGGCCGGCUGCAAGGCUGGCCACCAUCGCCGCUGCAGGCGAGGAGCGUGUGCCGUUCACGACGGGCCUGCUGAUUGGCAUCGGGGAGACGCGCGAGGAGCGGUUGGAGGCGCUGCUCGCGAUCCGGCAGCUGCACGAGAAGUACGGACACGUGCAGGAGCUCAUCAUCCAAAACUUCAGACGAAAGGAAGGGACGGCAAUGUCGGACGCGCCCGAGCCGUCGAUUGAGGAGCUGCUUUGGACGGUGGCGAUGGCGCGUCUGGCUUUCGGACCGGCCAUGAGCAUCCAGGCCCCCCCGAACCUGACCCCCGCAGGGCCCGAGCAGAGCACGGCGGCCCUGGAAUGGCAGGCGCUGAUUGGCGCGGGGAUCAACGACUGGGGAGGCAUCUCGCCGGUAACCAAGGACUGGGUUAACCCCGAGGCACCCUGGCCGCACAUCUCCGUGCUGGCAGACGCCACUCGUGCAGCCGGCAAAGUCCUGGUCCCCCGGCUGGCGGUCUACCCCGAGUAUCUUGCUGACGCUGCGACGUGGCUGGAUCCCGAGGUGACACGUGUCGUGCUGGCGUCCUCCGACGCCCUAGGAUACGCGAGGGCAGAGGACUGGUCCCCGGGGUUGGCUCUGCAGCCGCCUCCUUUGCUGGAGGCUCUGAGCGGAGGGCGGAAUGACGGAGGGGUGACGUCAGAGGAGCACGCAGAGACGUGCCAGCCGGCAACGGACGAGGAAGCGAGUGACGAGACGAACGGGCGAGGUACGGAACAGACCGUCAAGUCGGAACCUUCGACCUCGGGUAGGUUUACGAGCGAGCCCACGGAUAGAGGUGGUGAUAGAUUCGAAGCUUUUGUGAAAGAAGCCCAUCUUUCAAGUCGCACAAGUGCGAGCAGAGACAGCAAGAUCCAAGUGAGCGCCGACGGGACGCUCUAUGGACGCGGCCGGCCGUCAGCGGACGACGGGUUGACGUCAGCAGGCUUGGGAGUAUCUCCUGGAGUCAGGGACGUGCUGAGCAGAGCGAUGGACGGCCAGGAUUUGACGGAAGCCGAGAUCGAGGGGCUGUUCCGGGCCCGAGGGGAUGACUUCGUGGCGAUCUGCCAGGCUGCGGAUGAGCUGCGGAGGCAGGUGAACGGCGAUAAGGUAACAUACGUGGUGAACCGCAACAUCAACUACACCAACGUGUGCACGUACCGCUGCCAGUUCUGCGCCUUCAGCAAGGGCCGGUUCAGCGAAAACCUGCGCGGCAAACCGUACGUGUUAGCUCUGGAAGAGAUCGGUCGCCGCGCCACGGAAGCCUGGGCCCGGGGGGCCACCGAGGUGUGCAUGCAGGGGGGCAUUCACCCUGACUUCACGGGGCAGACGUACCUUGACAUUCUGGCGGUGGUAAAAGCCGCUGCGCCGGACAUCCACGUGCACGCGUUCUCGCCGCUGGAGGUGUUUCAAGGAGCGGCGACGCUGGGAAUCAGCGUGGACGCCUUUCUUGGUCGCCUUCAGGCCGCGGGGCUAGGGUCGCUACCGGGGACCGCGGCCGAGGUACUGGACGACGAGGUACGGACCGUGCUGUGCCCGGACAAGCUGACGACGGCCGAGUGGCUGGGCGUCGUGGAGGCCGCGCACCGGACGGGCCUGCGGACCACGUCCACCAUCAUGUUCGGACACCUGGACCGUCCGCGCAACUGGGCCCGUCACCUGCUCCACCUGCGGGACCUCCAGAAGCGGACACGUGGCAUCACGGAGUUCGUCCCGCUGCCGUUCGUCCACAUGGAGGCGCCCGUGUUCCUCAAGGGCCGCGCGCGCCGUGGGCCCACCAUGCGCGAGUGCACGCUCAUGCACGCCGUAGCGCGGCUCGCACUGCAUCCGCACAUCGCCAACAUCCAAGCCUCGUGGGUGAAGAUGGGCCCUGGCGGCGCCCAGUCGCUGCUUGCGGUUGGGUGCAACGAUAUGGGGGGAUCCCUUAUGAACGAGAGCAUCACGCGGGCAGCGGGCGCAGAGCACGGGCAGGAGCUCGCGCCGUCUGCGAUGGAAGCCUUGAUCACGUCACUUGGGAGGCGGCCCGAGCAGCGGACUACUCCGUAUGGAACGCCGCCGCUGGACCAGACGAAGAAGUCGUUCGUGGCCGCCCCUCUGACGCACUUAGCGAUGGUUUGACGUCAGCGUUGGUUGCGGGGCCGUUUUGGAUCAUUCUUUGAUUGGCUCGCCAUUCUGUUGGUUGUGCACGCG